CCGAGGCCGCAGAGGCCGCAGGAAGGGGACCUGGGGGCAGCGGGGAGCGGCCACCCACCGACCCUGGGCAUGCAGGGCAAAGUGGCCAUGGGCUCCUCCAGCCCCCUCCUCACAGCUUCCCUCCCAGCCCCGUCCCAGGCCAGGCUCACACCCAUCUGCCACGGGGAGACCUUCAGGCUGCCAGGCAGGCUGAGAAUCCAGCCCUCGCUGUGGAGCAGGGAGGAUGUGCUGCACUGGCUGCGCUGGGCAGAGCAGGAGUAUGCCCUGCGGCAGGCCGACCAGAGCCGCUUCCAGAUGAACGGCAGAGCCCUCUGCAUGCUCACCAAGGAGGACUUCAGAUACCGAGCUCCCGGCUCAGGUGAUGUGCUGUAUGAGUUGCUCCAGUACAUCAAGACUGAAAGGAGAGCCCUGGUGCGGAGCCCUUUGCAGAGCUCACCCUUCAGGGAAGCCAGGACCUCAGGUGAAGGGCCAGGCCAUAGUGCUGAGGCUGCCCCAGCUGCUGCUGUCUCCUGCCUGGGCUGGGCAGAACAGCUCCUGUCCCGUGGCCAUGCAAAGCCUCUCAGCCUUCCCCAUCACAGCCUGGAGAGCAGCUGCAGGACAGAUGCCAUCUGCUCCUUCCCUGCAGCCCUGCCAGCCCCAGUGGAUGGGAAGAUUGCAGACUGCAGGUUGCUGUGGGAUUAUGUCUACCAGCUCCUCUCUGACAGCCGCUACGAGCCCUACAUCAGGUGGGAGGACAGGCAGGCCAAGGUCUUCCGCGUCGUCAGCCCCAACGGACUUGCCCAGCUCUGGGGCAACCACAAGAACAGGGCGAACAUGACCUACGAGAAGAUGUCUCGAGCACUCAGGCACUACUACAAGCUCAACAUCAUCAGAAAGGAGCCAGGGCAGAAGUUCUUGUUCAGGUUUCUGAAGACUCCUGGGGAGAUCAUCCAAGAGAAAUCCAGCAAGCUGGAGCAGCUGGAGAAUGAGGACCAUGAUGACUUGAGAGAAGACUCCCUGGAGGUGCCUCUGUAGGCAGUCUCUGAAGAUGGCACUGGCAGUGCCUCACAGCCAGGCUUGUGCUCUGCUGGUGGCUCUGGCAUCUCCUGGGCAGGUGGCCACAGAGCUGCUGCUGGAUUUCAGAUCCUGCCCUGAGCCAAAGCUGUGACAUCUGUGGGGCUUCAGCAGCAAAACACACCCAGAAACUGCCCCCCAGCCCUGACGGUGCAGGAGGAGGUGUGGGCUGGUGGUCUGCUUGCUUCUCUCCUGUCCCAGGGAUGGAAUGGGAUGGUUUUGCCCUGACAGUUUUGAUGCUUGACCUUAAGGUUCAAAGCUGCAGUUCUGCAGUGAGCUGUGCUGAGCAGAGAGCAACAGAGCUCCACAGUAAGCACCUCCUGGAGAGCUGCUGCAGUGAGCUGUGCCUCUCAGCCUGACCCAGCUGCAUCUGAGCCACUCCCCUGACAUGGGAAUGGGCUUUUAGUGCAGAUCUGCUGUGAUGUCCCUGCCUCCUGUGGGGUUGCUGCUGUGGUUGAAGGUGGGAAUGUGCUGGAAUAUCUGCCUGGAGCUCCAGGUUGCAUGGAUGCCUUCAGCUGGGCCUCAUCUUAACUCCCUUCUGUCCGUGUGGUGCUUCUUGGUAUCAGCUGACUAAGUGUGAAGAGAAACAAGGCCAGGUUUGGAGGUUUGGAGGUUGGA